AUGGCUGACUCGGAUUCUUCCUCCCUAUCAUCUGCGCCCUCUUCAGAGGACGAAGAGAUGGUCCGCAAGAUGUCAAAGCCUGUCGGUAUAAAUCGUUACUUCAAACCUACACUGAAGGCCGAAUCCCCAGAACCACCCCCCAAGCGAGCACCUUCUCCGCCACAUGAGUAUACUCUCGCCGACAAUGACGCGAUCGCGUUCAUUGUUAUGUUCCUCAGUCGCUUCCACGAAGCCUUUCCCAAAUACCUCACAGCACUGGGGCCUCAGGACAUCGAAAGAGGAGUUGCUGGUGAAUUGCCCGAUGAACUCGUGGAAAAAUUGCUUUGCGCGUUGUUAGGGCUUGUGCUGAACAGGAAGAAAGAUGUCGAACGCGGUCACUAUGGAAGAGCUCUGGAGGACGCGAUUUCGUCAAAUCAUCACCAAUGGCCGACGGUGUGGAAAGGUAUCAACCCAAUCCACGGCGGCAAGAAUUUCAGGAACAUGACACCGGAAGAAAGAUUAAAUCUACUGAAGGCUCUAGUACUAUGGGCUUUGAAUUCGUCGGAAAUUGUGCAAGGUCUCAUCAAAGACUCCUACAAACAGACGCGCCGAGAUGACGACAAGAAUCAACCCAGAAGUGUUCAACCUUGGUUUUCGGAUCAAUGGCGUCGCAAAUAUUGGCUGGUUGAAGGCUUGGAUGACUCUUAUUUUCGAGUCUACCGGGAAAAUGAUGGCAGGACUGCAAAGACAAACACCUGGUUCAGCGUGGCCGGUUCUAUCCCAGAAGUCCUUGCCUUAGCAGAUAAAUUCGCCGAAGAACACACCCAGAACUCGAAACUGAACAGCGACAAAUUAAGGGCUGCAGUACCUCGGUUUGAGGCCGGUGAAGAGAAACGCAAACGCCGCGAAUACCGCCUCGCUCGAAAAGCCGCCUUCGCCCGCCCCGAACCUGGAUUUUCCCUCUAUGAGGGACGAACACGAGGGAAGAAGAUGCGCUAUACAUAUUCAGACGACGAGUAUGGUUCGGAUGGACUGUCAAGUCGACCAUCUACACGUGUAUCCAUGCCACCUGACAAUGGCCCUACGGUCACCGCGAGUGGAAGGCAGGUCAGGUCAAGAGUUGGCGGUAUGUACGGCGAGAGCAUUCUUAUCGAUCAACGCAAAGAACUAGAACGAACUGCUGGAGAAGGCCAUUUCACAGAGACAAGUGAGGACAUGCCUGCGUCUGCACCAACACGUGGACCACGUCACUCAAGAUCGGGUCGGGUUGUGAAGCCCGUUGGAGAGAGGUACCCAAACAGUGGGGAUACCGAGAGUGAUGAGGCGCAAACUUCAGGAAAUGAAUGGAGUGGAAACGAAGACGAGCCUGACGAGUCAGAGCCUGACUUCGAUGCGGAGGACGAGGACGACGAGGACGACGACAUGAGUGAUGAAGCGCUAGAGCCUGAUGAGCUGGGCGAGGACGACAAUACUCAGGAGAGCUUGGUGGUACAACUGAGGUACAGGAAGGGCAAAGAAGGAUCCGAUGUCUUGCCAGGACAGCCUCCCUCACAAGAACCGGAGCAACAUCUUGUUAAUGGAAAGAAUAUGAAUGGCAACGUGGUCCCCGAUGAAGCACUCAAAACGCUACAGCAGCCUAUCGGAACCACAAUUUCGGAGACCAUUGAUGUCGCUCCUCGAGAAAAGAGCCUUAACGGUGGUCAGGGGAUCCUGAGUGGCAUUGGGAACCGGGAGCAACCCUUACAACUUUCCUCUCAAACACAUCUACAGGAAACGGUGCAGCCUAUGGAUCUGUCUUGA